AUGCCGGCGGCGGCGGGCGACGGGCUCCUGAGCGAGCCGCCGGCGGUGGCGGGCAGCGGCGGCGGGGAAGCGCGGAAGGCGGCGGCGGGCGCGGAGGGCAGUUUCCUGGCCGCCUGGCUGAGCGCGGCAGCGCCGCGGGAGCGGCUCCGGGACUUCCAGCACACCAAGAGGGUCGGCAACUACCUGAUCGGCAGGAAGCUGGGAGAGGGCUCCUUCGCCAAGGUCCGGGAGGGGCUGCAUGUGCUCACCGGAGAGAAGGUGGCAGUGAAAGUAAUUGACAAGAAAAGAGCCAAAAAAGACACCUAUGUCACCAAGAAUCUGCGACGGGAAGGGCAGAUCCAGCAAAUGAUCCGCCACCCCAAUAUUGCUCAGCUGCUGGAUAUACUGGAAACUGAAAACAGCUACUACCUUGUCAUGGAGCUGUGUCCUGGUGGCAACCUGAUGCACAAGAUCUACGAGAAAAAGAGACUUGAAGAGCAUGAAGCACGUAAAUAUAUCCGGCAACUUAUCCUGGCAGUUGAACAUCUGCACCGGGCAGGAGUAGUUCACAGAGAUUUGAAGAUAGAAAAUCUGUUGCUCGAUGAAGACAACAAUAUCAAGCUUAUUGACUUUGGAUUGAGCAACUGUGCAGGCAUCUUGGGUUAUUCUGAUCCAUUCAGCACCCAGUGUGGGAGCCCAGCAUAUGCAGCCCCUGAACUUUUGGCAAGGAAAAAGUAUGGGCCCAAAAUAGACGUUUGGUCCAUUGGGGUGAACAUGUACGCAAUGUUGACGGGAACAUUACCUUUUACUGUUGAGCCAUUCAGCUUGAGAGCUUUAUACCAGAAAAUGGUGGACAAAGAAAUGAACCCUUUUCCUACCCAGCUCUCUUCAGCGGCCAUAAACUUUCUACGAUCUCUACUAGAACCAGAUCCUGCAAAGAGACCAAACAUCCAGCAGGCACUUGCAAAUCGAUGGCUUAAUGAAAAUUACCCUGGAAGAGCACCACCCAAUGUCACGUAUCCAAACAGGAUUCACCUUGAAGACCUCAGCCAAAGCGUGCUGCUCCAUAUGACUGAGAAGCUCGGCUACAAGAACAGCGAUGUCAUCAACACUGUGCUCUCAAACAGGGCAAGUCACACACUUGCCAUCUACUUUCUACUUAAUAAGAAGCUGGAGCGCUACUUGGCAAGCCUUAGGAAGUCUGAAGGCCAGGACAGUAUUUGUCACAGGAACCAACUGUACCAGAUAGAAAAAUACAAGGCAAAUAAAGACUCCUAUGAGGACAAAAAACUCAAAGAACAAGAAAAGAAAGGGGAGAUUCUUCACCGUCAGCUCCCAAAGAAAACUGAGAAAAGUCCAGUUUCAUAUAGACAGCCUUCUUCCUGUCUUAUCUCACAGAUACAGAACACCAAGGCUCUGCUGAAGGACCGGAAAGUCACCAAGGCUGGAAGUUCGGAGAAAGACUCCAGCGGUGGGUUAAGCCCUUUCCAUGAACCCCUGGCAGCCAAGACUGGCUGUGUCACUUCCAGCUCCCUGGAGUACCUCGAAGUCCAGCAGCCGCCCCCCAGAACUCCUCGGCUCCUCAAGAGGCAGGAGUCUCCGCAGCAGGAGCCGCACCGGAUCGGGGGCCGGACAAAGGACUCCCCUCUCAUCCUUAAUAUUGUGCACUCCUUCGAGUCGGUUGACAGAGAGGACCAAAUAGACCAGGUUUCCCCCUCUCACCAGUACAGGAUUUUAGGCUCGCCAAUGAAUUUCCCUUAUAAAAGCUCAAGUGAAAGGACAUUGUCCCCACUUUUUCAGGCAGGGAGUACAUCCCCGGUCCAUCCCACCCAGGUCUCUUUCACAUAUGAAGAAAAAGCAUAUCCAGCGAAGGAAGAAGCAGUGUCCCCUACUCAGCUGGUUUCCAACAACCCCUUGGGCAGCCCUAACUGUGUUAAAAGCAGAGGCAGGUUCCCCAUGAUGGGUAUCGGACAAAUGCUGCGGAAAAGGAGCCAGACAAUGCAAUCAGCAAGCGACAAGCCACUGGAAGCGAGGAUGCCUCAGCUGCAGCAGAUGAGCCCGACACAGAUUUCCUUCAAUGCAGCAGAUGCUGUCAGUGGCCAGUGUUAGUCUGAUGUACUGGGAUUUGUGCUGCUGUUCUCUGGGACCUAACCUUUUUUACCUUUAACAAGAAGGGAAAGCUACAGGCAUGUUACUGUCACUAUGUAAUACACCACAGUGGUUCAGAGUGGAAAAUCAGAGUUCUGCUUGUAUGGAAGGCAUUGUCCUACAUAUUAAACCUGAAAGAAAAGGGCUCUGCUUGUGCUGGUAAGAAAUAUUAGCAUUUGGCAUCUGACUCCAUAGUAAAACAUGUCUUGAAAGAGCUAUGCAGCUGGUGUUGCAGUAAGGUUGAUUAGAAGAACAGCGAGCAUUAACAGUUUGAUUCAUGAAGGUAAUCUGCGUGGUGCCAUGAAUGCCAGUCCCAUCCAGGAUCUGUGGUAAGACUGUCCAUGUUCCAUUUGCCUGUGUUACACAGUACGUGGUACAACUAUAGGCAUUGUUCACGUGGCUAGACAAGUGGAAAACUCAAAGUACUAUGUCCAAAGUCAACUUGCUAACAAGCCCUGCCAAGAAGACAGAUUUGGUAAAGCUUGAGUAAAGACACGACUGAUCUAAACAUUCAGAAAAAAGUGGGAGUAUUGGAAGCCAAAGCAGAUUUGAUUGUUAAUUACCUAAAGUAGCUAAUAGUGAAAUCAUUUUUAUCCUAAAGAAAAUGAUGUUUUAAUGAUGUCACUCAGAAGAAACAUGAUUACUUAAAACCAAGUUUCAUCACAUGGAAACUCACCGCACUAGAGGCCUUUCAUAUGACAGGUCUGCAGGUGGAUGCUUCAAACAGUAAUCCACAUCACAACACGCUGUGUCUAAACAAUCCUGUCACCUUCGAUUUUUGCAUCUGUACUAGUUCCAUGGUGCACCUACCCCUGCAUUAGCCCCUGUUACAACGGGGCAACAUUGGACACGCUUGAAAGCUUUUCUGAGAGACUGCAGUGAACUAAAAAGACUGAUAAAAGGACACAUGAACCUGUACCAAUACCAUUUUAUACUGCAAUGUUGGUAAUGCAGUGGUUACCAAAAAUUCAGUAUUGUUAUGCGGGAUGAAGAUUAACUUUCUAAAAGACACCAUCUUUGCAUACUGGUCUUGUUUUUCUAAGUAAAUGAUACAUCUGAGAGCUUGGCAA